CGAAGAGGGAGACCCUAACCCUUAUUAUGUCCGGGCUGACUUCCCCAAUUGAACUCUCACCAUCAACUCCACAACGGAACCCCUCUGAUCGAGGAGAACUCAACAGUUUCAACAAUUGAACCACCCGUAAUUUUCACAAUGGCUCAAGAGGAGACCAAAACCACCAUAAAGCAUACAGCUGCGGAGGAAUUCGUGGUUGCCCUCCUCGAAGCAUCCGGAGUGUCCCCAAAGAACGCCAAGACCGUUGCUCUCGGGCUCGUGCAGGCAGACCUACGCGGCGUUGAGAGUCAUGGUAUCAACCGGAUUCCAUCAUAUUUGGCGCGGAUUCGAAAUGGAGUGCUAGAUCCCAAGGCCGAGCCGGCCCUCAAGCAGGUCACACCUGUAGUUGCUCAGGUCGAUGGUAACAACGGCUUUGGCUUCCCCGCGGCGCACCUAGCCAUGGACACAGCCAUAACCAUGGCUCAAACCUUCGGUAUCGGCAUGGUGAGUGUCAAGCACAGCAACCACUUCGGCAUGUCGGCCUGGAUUGUCCGCCAAGCCGCCGAUGCCGGCAUGAUGAGCCUCGUCUUCACCAACUCCUCUCCCGCUCUGCCCGUCUGGGGUGGCAAGUCCCAGUUGAUGGGCGUUUCUCCCAUUGCCUGCGGAGCCCCUGGCGGCGAGAACUCGAUCCCCUUUAUUUUGGACAUGGCGCCCUCGGUCGCCGCUCGGGGGAAGAUUUACAAGGCUCUUCGGCGGGGUGAGAAGAUCCCGCAGGACUGGGCGUUGGACGAAGACGGGAAACCGACAGAUGACCCCGAGAAAGCUCUGAAAGGAGUCAUGCUGCCCAUGGGCGGCCCGAAGGGCUCGGCGUUGGCGAUUAUGAUGGACGUGUUCUCCGGCGUGUUGUCUGGGUCCGCGUUUGCCGGGGGCGUUACGGGGCCUUACGACAUGUCAAAGCCCGGGGAUGUUGGUCACUUCAUCAUUGCCAUAAAGCCGGAUCUCUUUGUGAGCCUCGAUGAGUUCAGACAGCGGAUGGAUGUGCUGUACCAGCGCGUCACGGGGUCGGAUAGGAUGGAGGGGGUGGAGAGGAUAUACUUGCCUGGGGAAAUUGAGCAGCUGACCGAGAAAAGGAGACUCGAAGAAGGUAUCCCUUUCGUGCAGGCUGAGAUCGAUGCCCUGAACAGAGAAGCGGAGAAACUGGGUGUUGCAAAGCUUCAGUAGACCUUCUAGGUUUCCAGGGCUGGGUCAACAGAGAACGUAGCGAUAGACCAUUUCG